AUGGCAGCAAAAGCGUCCCCAGCCAAGUUCGUCAAGGGCGUUCUCAAGUCAUUUAUGGCCGAGUCCGGCUUAGAGCCGAGAUUGUUUGGCCCCCAUUUGCGAGUUGUCAAUGCGGUCCCUGGCAAGGUAGAUUUUGAGCUGGACAUCACCAAGGAUCACACGAACCGCUUGAAGAUUAUUCAUGGCGGUACAAUAGCUAGCAUGGUUGAUCUCGGCGGUUCGCUGGCUGUCGCAUCCAUGGGGCUGUAUGCUACCGGUGUUUCCACCGAUCUGAACGUCACAUAUCUCAGCAGCGGGGGUAAAGUCGGAGACAGGCUCUCGGCAACGGCAACCUGCGACAAAAUGGGCAAGACACUCGCAUACACAUCCAUCACGUUCCGCAACAGCAAGGGUGAACUUGCUGCCCGAGGGAGCCACACGAAAUAUGUCACGCAAGCCUGGAAGUCUCAGACGGGUGAGCCCUACACACCUCCUGAAGGUGUCAGUCUCGACGACGUUGACUGA